AUGGUAGCCCGAGCUCGUCCCUGCGGAUUAUUGCAGGACGCCCUUCUCUCCAAUCCGCCCGCAUGGCCGUCGCGCUCAACUAGACUCGCUGACUUUCAACCCUCGACUUCAGAAAACUUGGUCGGCAUGGCCUCAAUGUCGGCGUUACCUCAGCCAUCGCGGCCAACAACAAACCCCCCAACGGGAGCGUUACCUGCUCUGCCCAACCCCAAGCCUAGAAAGUCAAUACCGGGCUCCGAGACACCCCGGGCCGCAUCGCCCUUUGGCACGUCCAAGCUACGGACGCCAUCCAGCCCAAAACCGUCGCUCAAGUCACCUCUCUCCAGUUCAAACUCAACCUCCAACCUCAGCGCGGCCCGAUCCGCAUCCAGCGGACGCGCACCAGGCAGCCCAGACAAAUCAUUGCGCCGGACGAUCAGCAUCGCAUCAUUCCCCCAACCACCAAAAGCCGGCACGCGUCCUUCGACAGCAUCGUCACUCUCUGGCAUUCAAGCGGCCACUGCCAGCACGCGACCUGCGCGAAGCUCCCGGUUGAGCACGGGAACAACCAGCAGCUACCGUAGCUCAAAAACACCAUCACUACUCAAUGGGAGUGGCGAGGGGAAAUUUAUCUCGAGUGGGGAUGCACGGGAUCCAGAUGCGUCCCCGGCGCACAGUCGAAGCUCCUCUGCGCAAGGAUCCUGCUCGACUAGCGCUACUACUUUUGAGGAUGCAGACGAUACAGCAAGCAAAUCGACCGUCCAGCCAAAAGAAAUCAAGGGCAAUGUGAUUGUGAGUGUACGUGUGCGCCCUGAUAAUAACAGUGGAGGAGAAACACCGCGCAACCAUGGCGAAUGGUCGAUUGAUGGCCGGCAAAGCCUCAUCUCAUAUCGCGGAAAGGAAGGAGGCGAUUAUUACUAUGACAAUGUAUUCAACCCCAUGGAGAACAACGCCAAAGUCUACGAUUCAGCAGCCAAGCGACUUGUCAGGCGUGUCAUGGAAGGCUAUCAUGGAACGGUCUUUGCAUAUGGUAUGACUGGAACCGGAAAGACCUUUUCCAUGCAAGGAACGGCAACGUCUCCUGGUGUGAUCCCACUUGCCAUCACCGACAUCUUCUCUUUCAUCAGAGAAACCCCCCACCGAGAGUUCCUGCUGCGGGUCAGCUACUUGGAAAUUUAUAACGAGAAGAUCAACGAUCUCCUGUCUGCUUCGUCUGCCAACGGGCCUGCAGCUCCUCAAGAAGAGAUCAAAUUGAGAGAGGAUAGCAAGCGAGGCGUGUAUGCUACGCCGCUCAAGGAAGAGAUUGUUCAGAGUCCGACCCAGCUUCUUCGUGUAAUUGCAAGAGGUGACCAUGCACGACGAACCAGCAGUACACAGUUCAACGCACGAAGUUCUCGAAGUCAUGCGGUUGUUCAAAUCGUUGUCGAGAGCCGGGAGCGUGUACCCUCGGGCAACUCCCAAGACAAGAGAUCUGGGAUCGCCCCAGGAGGCGUACGUGUUUCAACCUUGAGUUUAAUUGAUUUGGCCGGAUCCGAGCGCGCAGCCGAUGACAAGGAGCGUCGCACGGAGGGUGCGCACAUCAAUAAGAGUUUGCUCACUCUUGGUACCAUUAUCUCCCGACUGUCCGAGAACAAAGACAAGCAAGGCAACCCCAUGGAUCGCGAUGGGCGGCAUUUGCCUUACCGUGACAGCAAAUUGACCAGAUUGCUACAACCCGCGUUGUCCGGUGGCUCGCUUGUCAGUAUCUUAUGUACCAUCCAGCUUACUAGUUCUAUCAAUUCCAACACUGGCGAGACCCUAAACACCAUGAAGUUCGCCGCGCGAGCCAAGAACAACAUUGUCAGUCAUGCCAAGAAGGCAGAAGAGGCAUAUGGUGGCGGCGGCGGGGACUCUGGAAGCCGGGUUUUACUUGAGCGGUACCGCAUGGAGAUUCAAGCUCUGCGCGGUCAGCUGGACACGCAGGCCAAGUCCCAAGCCGAAAAAGAGCUCAAGUGGGAUGAGCACCAGUAUGAGAAAGAGGCGCAAGCCCGCCAUGAGGAGCAAGUAUUGGAGAUGCAGUUGGCCCGAACUGCGCUCAAAGAGCGAAUCGAGCAUCUUAAUCGUCUAAUUUUGAGCUCCAAAUCUACCGGAGUGAACAACCCCAACAGCCUGUCUACAUUUGGUCGGCUUUCUCGCAUGUCUUCCACAGAUUCUGGCAUUCGAUCUCUCCGGUCAUCCGCCAGUCAAUCGACGCUGGGUGCUGUCCAUUCAUCCAUACGUCCCAUCUCAUUCAUGUCCAUUAAUAGCAACGAUCCCUCACAAACUUAUUACCCUAAUGGAUCAUUUGGGCCGGAAGAUGAGGACGACCUGGGUGAAUUUGGUGAUGGCAAAGCCAGCCUGCAACGUCAGGUAUGUGCAUUGCAGGCCGAUCUUGGUGAUAAGAACCGAUACAUCUCAACCCUGGAACGCCGACUUCUACAAGCUCGUCGAUCGAGUCAUACCCGCAUGUCAGUUGGUGUCAAGCCUGCGAAUGCCACUAUCGCGGAGCAACCAGACAUGGCGGCUUUGGUUCGGGAGAAGGAUAUGGAGAUCAACGAACUCCGCCUUCAGCUUGAUGACAAGGAUCGCAUGCUCGCGGCACUUCGGUCCGCAACCCGUCAUCGCGACCUAGCUACCGUCACCAGUGAGUCUCAAUCACCAGAGUUGAAAAGCAAGGGCGAUAUUGGCGAGGUAGAUGGUCCCCCUUCCGUCAGGACUAGUGGCAUUCCCACAGACAACCCGGAAAGCCCUAACAAACGGGCCUUCUCUGGCUCUAGCAGAGUCAGCAGAGUCAAUGACCAGACGGAAGGUGGUAAAAACAUGGAUGAAGUCUCGCGAUUGUUGGACGAGAUGAUCCAAAGCCGAAUGGAAGGUGGACCCGCGAAUGAUCGUUCUUCUCUGAACGUCAAGAGUAUCACCAAUGAGAGUCGACGUGAGAGCCGACGUGAAUCCUCAUCGGCUGAGGUGCCUGGCUUGAAUCCUACUGCGCCGUCAUGGGAUCCAAGUCUCAGCUCGCCGUUCCGAGGAUGA